CCUGCUGUUCUCACGCUGGCAGGCACUUCCACCAGAAGUGUUCUAGUGGCUGCACUACCCACAGACUAGUGAGGUGGCUGCACCUACCCUAAGACUAGUGGUGACUGCACCAAUCUCAGAUUAGUGAGGUGGCAUGGGGCUCCAGUAACUGCACCGACAGAUGGCAGGGUGAGGUGCUCAGAAUCCGAAGACCACGUUGAAUCCUGGACAGAGUGUGAGUGGGGUACCAUGAGGGGCAGUCCGGUGAUGCAACGAAGUGAGGAGUAGGUCUCCUAGGUUCAGAUCUCAUCUCGGGCACGUUUGGUCUUCCAUUCUAUCUGCAUGCCGACACCGAGACCCGUUACUCGCAUCUGAUGGAGCUACUGGCCGUUGCAGUCGUUUCUUUGUCGCUAUGCAUUCUUGACACAGCAGACUCAGAAGCUACAGGUAACGACUGCAGCAAAGUGAUUACGUCGCAAGACAAGCUCACAGCACGCCCUAACGAUCGUGUGACAUUCAAGUGUGAUGUCAUGUCGACCAUCGCGCCCACCGACAUCCACUGGCUGCACGUGGGUCGCGGCUUGAGAAUGGGGUCACUCGCCGAGGCCGUUUCACUAGGACCUGCUGAAUGGCAGCGUCUGAUUAGUGUUGUUCAUGUGACCUCUGACCUGGACACGGGUCCCUACGUCUGCAGGGUUAACGGGGUUUGCGGAUGGUCAAGGUCGGACAGCCAUUACAUCGUGCUGAUAGAUAAGCCCAGAGUCUACCUGACUCCACCGGUCACAGUCAUCCGGGACCCUGACACGGACGCGUCAUAUUUGGUCAUCACAUGUGUCGUGGACUCCUACCCGUCUCCUGCGCAUGUCAGGUGGAGGACAGGAAGCGUGCUGAAGGGCCUGCCUGUUUAUCUCGAUCCCAGCCGGAGUGACUACGAUUUUAACACUACCGUCAGCGCAGACAAUGCCACCUACACCUUAACCCUUUCCUUGUUGAACCCUCACGAGUUAGGCCUUUAUUUCUGUGAGGCGUCCAACAUCAUGGGCACAGGGGUCAGUCAGAGCGUCCUGGUGAUUCUGACCAAUGAUUCUCCCAAAAUAGUUUUCAACACAACCGAAGUGCCAGUGGCUUUAGACGAAACGGUUUAUCUCCCCUGUCCCCGCUCACCGGAAGGAAGUGAGACUUUGUGGACGCGGGAUGGGAAGAAUAUCACCAGAAAAACGACCACUUUACACGCUGACAUCAUGACUGGGGACACGGGCAUGCUGAUUCGCCACAUGAGAGCUGACCUGUCAGGACUGUACCUGUGUACACGACUGUGGCAAAACGGAACCGCUCAGAGUGCUUCUAUAAGGCUAAGUCUAACUGAUGGAUUUUCUCCACCCGCAAUCUACCCUCUUGCAUGGAAGCACGAGACGGUGACAACAACCACCACUGACGGCGUGACCACCACUACAGCCACCAGGAUCGUCUCCACGAACUUGAGACUUCGCUGCCACAUAGCCAUCCUGCGGGAGCUUGAGACAGUGGCAAUUCCGGUUUUUGGUGAAAUCAAACCGCUUUCGUUCCACCGUUUACAACUUGAUGCCGUCGACGCAGAGACAGAACGGCCCCCUGCACGAGUAUGAGGUCACGGCGGACCUGGACAUGUCCUGGCA